UGCUUGCGAACUUUCCGACACAACAAUCUCGCCCCCUUGAUAGGCGACCAAUCACAUUCACUUUAUUCACUCGUGUAAAGUCGGGCACCACUCAGGAGAAUUCGGAACUGUAACGGUUGGAACAGCCGCUUCCCUACGACUUUAAAUGUAAUCAUUUGGUGUCCUUUAUGAAAAUUAAAAUAAAUUUAAGUGUAAUAAUAGUCUAGCGAAACCUAAAAAAGGCAAACCGAUUGCUGGUUCUUCCUCUGUGUUAGAUUUUUAUCACCUGAACCUAAUGGCGUAACGACACAACAAUAAGCAACAUUAUCUGGGUGGACCCCAUAUGAAGUACAACACCCCAUCCUCUUUUGCUACUGGUGUCGUGUUUAAACGGCUCACCAUCAUGUUGAAAUGGCAUGUGUUGCGGUAUAAAUACAGUCCGGUCAGUCGGCCUAGUUUCAGGUGGGUUUAAGAGGAAUUUUUCACACCAUUAAAUCUGCAAAGAGAAUUCCUAGUCCACAAUUGCAUAGGGGGCCAACCAAGUGUCAAUGACAGGGCCUCUAAUAGGUCGGGGGCCCCUAAACAACUACUGUCUCUGCUUACCGAUAUUUACGCCAUUGCUUGAACCGUCUUAUUUUUGCUUGGUUUGCUUGUGAUGUUCUAUUCUGCUUUGUAAAACUAAAAUUGUCUAUGGGGUCUAAUGUAUUUUUUUGUUUAUUCAAAGCUCCUAUUUUGGGGCAAUUUGUGUGGAAACCUUUGCCUCCCUGUGAACUCUGAGAGAAGAAUCAGAUUUUUUUUUUUCUUUUUGAUUUUUAACAAAACAUUUAUUUAACAAUGAUUGAACAAUGAACAGUUAAAAUAACUCAGGUCAUCAGGACACCAUUAUAAAAGCAGUUUUCUUUAUAGGGAUUUUUAUUAAUUUCUCAAUAUUUAUAUACAAUACAUAGUAUUUUGUUGAUGGUCUUAUGUGUAAAGAGAAUAUAGUAGUCAUUCUCUGUACCAAAGUGUCUACUGAGCUGAGUAGCAUUUUAAAAUUCCUUUUGAUUUCCUUUUGAACAUAUUUAAGGGUAAGCAGUCGGUUUUCAGCUUGAUGUAUUUCCUUGUUCCUCCUCUGAUUAAUAAGAAUCAUGAGCAAAAUCGCUGGUAUUUCCUGGGAAGAAAAACUAGUUACACCAAAGCUAAACCAGCUCCUAUUAAAUAGAAGAGAAACUCAGACAGUCAUUGUUAUUGAGAGCUGAAAUGGAGCAGAGAGGAGCUCAACUAAACCAAUGUAACAUCUCCUGUUCCAUCUGUUUGGAUCAACUGACGGAUCCAGUGACUAUUCCCUGUGGACACAGCUACUGUUUGGACUGUAUUAAGGUUCACUGGGACGGAGAGGAUGAGAGGAGGAUCUACAGCUGCCCUCAGUGCAGGAAAGAGUUCAUAACGAGGCCUGGACUGGAGAAAAACAUCAUGUUAGCAGAGUUAGUCGAGGGUCUAAAGAAGAUUGGACUCCAAGCAGCUCCAGCUGAUCACUGCUAUGCUGGACCUGAAGAUGUGGCCUGUGAUGUCUGCACUGGGAGGAAGAGGAAAGCUGUCAAGUCCUGUCUGGUCUGUUUGGCUUCUUAUUGUGAGGAUCACCUUCAGCCUCACUAUGAUGCUGCACCAUUUAAAAGGCACAAGCUGGUGGAACCUUCUAAGAAUCUCCAGGAGAACAUCUGCUCUCGUCAUGAUGAGGUGAAGAAGAUCUUCUGUCGUACUGAUCAGCAGUGUAUCUGUUAUCUCUGCACCAUGGAUGAACAUAAAGGCCAUGAAACAGUCCCAGCUGCAGCAGAAAGGACUGAGAAGCAGAAGAAGCUCCAGGAGAGACGACAACAAAUCCAGCAGAGAAUCCAGGAGCAGGAGAAAGAUGUGAAGCUGCUUCAACAGGAGGUGGAGGCCAUCAAUGGCUCUGCUGAUAAAGCAGUGGAGGACAGUGAGAAGAUCUUCACUUAUUUGAUUUGUCUCAUCCUGAAAAGAAGCUCUGAUGUACAGCAGCAGAUCAGAUCCCAGCAGGAAACUGAAGUGAGUCGAGUCAAAGAGCUUCGGGAGAAGCUGGAGCAGGAGAUCACUGAGCUGAAGAGGAAAGAUGCUGAGCUGGAGAAGCUCUCAAUCACAGAGGAUCACACCCAGUUUCUCCAGAACUACCCCUCACUGUCAGCACUCAGUGAGUCUACACACUCAUCCAGCAUCAAUAUUCGUCCUCUGAGAAACUUUGAGGAUGUGACAGCAGCUGUGUCAGAGCUCAGAGAGAAACUAAAGAACAUCCUGAGAGAAAUCCCCUCCCUCCCCCAUGGCCUGUACUCUACACCACCGCAGAGUGGGGCAGCUACAACUAGAAAACAUAUAUUAGUUGUCGUGGAGGAAAUUGUUGACACAAAGGUGAUAAGGCAGACCUAGUUUUGACUUCCCCCCUUCCAGGUGAUUUAUUCUUCUCAUAGGAACAUGUUUCACCUGAUCCAAAACAAGCAGUUCCCCUUUUAACCAGAGGGUGGCAGCAGCGAUACUCUCAGCUAGAAAAUCCUAAUUUAUUUGAUUUUUCAGUUUUGUAUAAUGAUAUGCACUUUAACUGAUUAUUCCCUUGGAUAAAUGUAAUUUUCUAAAUCUAUAAGUUUACCUUAACAAUGAUUUAAAAAUUAAAGUUGAAAACCGAUAUAGAGAUAAGUGAAUAUAUCUUAAAUUAAGUGUAUUUACCUUUAUAUUGAAUUGGUAAAUAACAUAGUUUGCCAAUCGAAUUAGUAUUUUUAC